AUGGUACUAACUGCCCAUUUCAUAGAUUUUGAUUGGAGUUUACAUAAAAGGAUACUUAGUUUUUGUCCAAUUGAGAAUCAUAAAGGUGAUACUAUUCGUAAAACUGUUGAAAGGAAUUUGAAGGAUUGGGGCAUUGAAAGGGAAAUAACUUUGACGGUUGAUAAUGCAAGUUCGAAUGACAUUGCCAUUGCUUAUCUUCUGAGAAGAUUCAAUAAGGGAUUAUUGUUUGGUGGAGAAUUUCUGCAUGUUCGUUGUUGUGCUCAUAUAUUAAAUCUUAUAGUAUGUGAUGCUUUUAAGGAACAUAAUGAUUGCAUUAAUAGGAUUCGAUAUGUUGUACGAUUUAUAAGAUCUUCUUCUACACGUUUUUUGAAAUUUAAAAAGUGCAUUGAAAUUGAAAAAAUUUCUUGUAAGAGUUUUGUGUGUCUUGAAGUUCCCACUAGAUGGAACUCCACAUAUUUGAUGCUUGAAGCAGUUGUGAAGUUUGAAAAGGCUUUUGAUAGAUUAGAAGAUGAAGAUGCUUCUUAUAGACACGAUUUGUCACCAAAUAAGGAAGAUUGGAAAAAUGCUAAGAUGUUGAUUAGUGCAAAUGCAAUGCUAGUUGGAAUGGCCAAUAGCACAAGGCCAAAUUUGAGAAAGGUUGCCAAAUCUAUGGAAAAUGUAGUGGAGCAAUGUUGUAGACGUCUCUUUCAUGAGUACAGUAAUCAGAGUGGUAGUGGGAGUACUACUACUAUUAAUACACCAAUUGUCUCAGCCUCGGAGACCAUUAUUGAUUGUGAUCCAACUGAAAAGGUGGGUGAAGACUUUGUCUAUGAUACAAUUGGUAUUGAUUUUGAAGGCGAUGAGACUACACCUUUCAAACAGGGGUCAGAGAUUGAUAUUUAUUUGUUAGAAGCCAAUGUUAAGAAUGAAGGUGAUUUUAACAUACUUCAGUGGUGGAAGAUGAACAGUCAUCAGUUUGAGGUUCCUAGUCGUAUGGCUAGAGAUAUUUUGGCAAUUCCAAUAUCUACUGUAGCAUAUAAGUUAGUUUUUAGUUCAGGAGGACGUGUUUUUGAUUCAUCACAUUGUUCAUUGGCUCCAAAAACAGUGGAGGCUCUCAUUUGUACUCAAAUUUGGCUACAUUCUGGUCCAAUAGAUCUUGAAGUUCAGCAUGACUUGGAAGAAGCUUCAUUUUUUGAAGAAGGAUUUAGAGCGGUUAUGGAUAAUGAAAAAGAGAUUCAAGGCCUUAUAGAUUUUGCAAAGUUGUCACUUAUCGAUUAA